AUGGAUCGGCAGGUGAACGCGCCGCCGGAGGUGCGUCGUGUAAUCGACUUUCUGCGGACCAAGUCCGGGAUGAAAGUGCGUCCCGGCGUGCUGAACGGCCAACGUGCGGACUACUUUAAGGGCAGCGCGGCGAUCAAGGCGGUGCUUUCGCCCGAGUAUGCCAAGCUCAAGGGCGUCCCCAAGGUUACGAGCGAGGAGGAGGCCGAGAAGAUGCUGCACCAGACGCUCCCGUAUGCCUUCUUUCUGCGUGUGGAGCGCGGCGAGAAGCCCGGCAAGGACCAGGGCGACCGCCGCCCCCUCCAGGUGAACCAGAUGCAGCUCUUUGAGAAGGACAUGUACUACGCGUGGUUCUACGAGGGCUCGCAGCUCAUGAUGAAGCUCGCGGGUCUCGGCAUGAUUGUCGUGAUGCUCGCUGCGGUCAUGUUCCCGCUGUGGCCGCGCGUGAUGCGCCUUGGCGUGUGGUACUUGAGCAUGGUCAUCCUGGGGCUGUUUGGCCUGCUGAUGGUCAUUGCCGUGCUCCGCCUCAUCUUUUGGGUGUUUUCCAUCGUGGCCUUCCCGCCCGGCAUCUGGAUCUUCCCGAACCUGUUUGCCGACGUCGGCGUGAUCGAGUCGUUUAUCCCGCUCUGGGCGUGGGACGUGCCGCCGCCCAAGCCCAAGGCCAAGAAGGCCAAGAAGGCCAAGAAGUCGAAGCGCGCCGACGCCGCGGCGCCCGACGCCGCGCCGGACGCUGCGGCGGAGCCCGUGGAAGAGAACGCACCGGCCCACGGCCUUGAAUCCUCCAUCUCCGAUCUGAACUAG